UUGAAAAGCCAUGAGAAGAUGGCAGACAGGAAUGCAGAGAAUCUUCCGACCAUAGAUGUCGCUAAUGAAUCCAGGGAUGAUUCAGAAGACAGCAGAGGUGCUGAGCAGGAAGAGGGCAUUUAUUACCCCAACUGCGAUGCCACCAUUUGGCUGAGGACUUGUGAAAACGAAGUUGUGGAACCCAUUGAAGGAAAAGUAAAAGGUAUCAUACCUGUUUGGCUGAAUGGAACUCUGGUCAGAAAUGGGCCGGGAAGAAUCAAAGUCGGCGACGACGUUUUCAAUCACUUGUUUGAUUCCAGCGCGUUGCUGCAUCGGUUCCACAUCAAUGAAGGACAAGUGACAUACCAAAACAAGUACGUGAGAACAACGUCCUUCAAGAGGAAUAUGGCAGCCCAGAGGAUCGUGGUGAACGAGUUCGGCACCAGGGCGCAACCUGACCCCUGCAAAACCCUCUUCUCCAGAUUCCUCAGUUACUUCUCCAAAGAUGACAUUUUCACAGACAAUGCGAACAUCACAGUAUUUCCAUGGGAUGGUCCUGAUGAAGUGUAUGCACUGACUGAGACUCCAUUCAUGCAGAAAAUCGACAUUCAGACUCUGGAAACCCUUGACAGAGUAGACAUCACAAAGUAUGUCUCAGUAAUGGGCCAGAGUGCUCACCCCCAUUUGCUGGAAGAUGGUACAAUUUAUACUCUGGGACAAGGCAUUGGACUUGCUGGAUGCAAGUACUGCAUUGUAGAAUUUCCACCAAAAUCCAAAGACAACAACAUCAGCAGGCCUGGAAGUGCUAAUUCAGUGGCUCCUGGUCAGAAUUCCAGGCCAGAAGCCGAGCAUCAGGACAGAGUAACAAGGGCCAAGAUUGUUGCUACACAUCAGGCCAGAUGGCGUCUGAGUCCUAGCUACAUGCAUUCCUUCUGCAUCACAAAACACUACUUCAUCAUCAUAGAGCAGCCACUGGUGGUGUCAAUGGCUAAGGCUGCCAAGGUGCAUGUGACACAGAGGGCGCUGGUGGAGACCAUGCAGUGGUACAAUGAGCCUACGUACAUCCACUUGAUAUCCAGGGAAACCGGGAAAGGAACAAAGGUGCGAUACGAAGCAGAUCCCCUCUUCUUCCUGCACACCAUCAAUGCCUUUGAGGAAGGAGACUUCGUGAUCCUGGAUUUGUGUGCUUAUCCAGAUGCCAAAAUGUUGGACUGCAUGUACAUUGAUGCCCUGAGGAGGUUCGUGUUGCCCACCAGGUUGACGAUGGGCACCAGCAGUGCCCAGCAGUCUCGGCGUCCCCUUGCAUGCAAUCCAGCAAUGAUGAAUAAUAUCACACAACAACAACAACAACCACAACAGCAGGCAAAUAGUGGUGGCGGUGAUCAGCACAAGAACAACCUGGUGACCCUGCACGGGUCGCGGGCAGAGGCGUACCUGGUGCGCAGGGACGCCGUGAGGGUCGUGUCAGAGCCGCUGUGUGACCUGGGUUGCGAGGUGCCCAGGAUCAACUACGAGAGGUGCAAUGGGAAACCCUAUACUUACUUUUACGCCAUUGCGUCGGACGUGGAUCUGGAGAGACCAGGAACCUUGAUCAAGGUGAAUGCCACUACGAAGACGAGGCAAAUCUGGUCUGAAGACAACGUUUAUCCCAGUGAACCUAUUUUCAUCACCGCACCUCAUCCAAGGAGUGAGGAUGACGGGGUCGUCUUGUCUGUGCUGCUGAGGGCCAAGGGAUUGGACAAGCAGGUCACUUUGCUGAUCCUGGAUGCCAGGUCCUUCAAAGAACUCGGAAGAGUGGAUUUCGAGGCUGACGGGCCAGUGCCAAAGGACUUACACGGCUGGUACUUCCCCACCAAGAAGUACGCCUAAAACGCGUACUACAGUACUUCACACAGAUGCUCGCACUGCUGCUGCUGGUAUUAACAUGCCUCAUUGACUGUAUCGUAGCUGAGAAAAAAAGGGAAAAAAGCGAAACAAAAAUAAUCCAAGGUUGACAUUUUGCUGACAUGAAUUCCGAUUUAUGUGUCUCA